CGCUCUCACUAGUCGAACGGUGCCCGACCGGUAACGUAGCGCCGACUGCCGACCGAGAGACGAACCAGCGACCAUGUCCGCAAUUGCGAAGACUUCCAAGUACACCUACCGCAGCAGCGGUGGUGGAUCCACCGACGUCAACAUCGAGUACAGCGCCGACCUGAGUGCUCUCUCCAGGCUGGAGGACAAGAUUCGUCUCCUCCAUGAUGAUCUGGAAUCCGAAAGGGAGCUACGUCAGAGGAUUGAGAGGGAGAAGGCAGAUUUGAGCGUACAAGUGAUUCAACUCUCUGAGAGGCUCGAAGAAGCUGAAGGCGGAGCCGAAAGCCAGUUCGAGAUCAACAGAAAGCGUGACACCGAGUUGACUAAACUGCGCAAGCUUCUGGAAGAUGUCCAUCUAGAGUCCGAGGAGACCGCACACCUGCUAAAGAAGAAGCACCAAGAGAUCGUGGUCGACUUCCAGGAACAGAUCGACAAACUCACCCACAGCAAGGCCAGGUCUGAAAAAGAGAAGGCCAAAUUCCAAGCUGAAGUUUACGAGUUGUUGGCCCAAGUGGAAAACAUAAGCAAAGAAAAAAUUGUUAUCUCUAAGACUUGCGAGAGACUCGAGAUCACCAUUAGUGAACUUAACAUCAAGAUUGAAGAGCUGAACCGUACCAUCGUUGACAUUACAUCGCACAAGCAGCGCCUGUCUCAGGAAAACAUUGAGCUGGUCAAGGAAGUUCAAGACCUUAAGGUGAACAUUGAAAACGUUGUGUACCUUAAGAGUCAGCUAGCCAGUCAACUUGAGGACGCGCGUCGCAAGCUUGAGGAUGAUGAGAGAAGGCGCUCUCUUCUUGAGGCCAACCUGCACCAGGUUGAAAUUGAUCUGGAGUCCGUCCGCGUCCAACUGGAAGAGGAAUCUGAAGCGCGUUUGGACUUGGAAAGACAGUUGGUUAAGUCUAACGGUGAAGUGAUGCACUGGAGGUCUAAGUUUGAGGCUGAAGCUGCCGCCAGGGCUGAAGAAAUUGAAGAGAUCCGCCGCAAGUACUCCAUCCGCAUUCAGGAACAAGAGGAACAGAUUGAGACCCUCAUCGCUAAGAUUAGCAGUGUUGAGAAGCAGAAGUCUCGUCUACAGAGUGAGGUUGAAGUGUUGAUCAUCGACUUGGAGAAGGCCAACGGAACAGCUCGGGAGUUGCAAAAGAGGACCGAACAAUUGGAACGCGUUAACAUCGAAAUCAAGUCACGCCUUGAAGAGACCGUCCAACUGUACGAGCAAAGCCAACGUGACUUGCGCAACAAGCAGGUUGAGAUCCAACGCAUCUCCCAUGAACUGGACAAGACCAGGGAGCAGAAAGAUGCUCUUGGCCGCGAAAAUAAGAAACUGGGUGAUGACUUACACGACGCUCGUGCUAACGUGACCGAGUUGACCCGCCGUCUUCACGAGCUCGAGAUCGAGCUGCGCCGUCUUGAGAACGAGCGAGAGGAACUCACCGCUGCCUACAAAGAAGCCGAGGCUGGUCGCAAAGCUGAGGAACAGCGCGCGCAGAGGCUAGCCGCAGAGCUGGGUCAGUUCCGCCACGACGCUGAGCGCCGCAUCCAGGAGAAGGAAGAGGAGAUUGAGUCCAUCCGUAAGCAAACCAGCAUUGAAAUCGAGCAGCUAAACGCUCGUGUAGUAGAAGCUGAGAUGAAGCUCAAGACUGAAGUUACCCGCAUCAAGAAGAAGUUGCAGAUCCAAAUUACCGAACUCGAGCUGUCUCUUGAUGUUGCCAACAAAACUAACAUCGAUUUGCAAAAAACCAUCAAGAAGCAAUCCCUACAGCUCACUGAGAUACAGACCCACUACGACGAGGUCCAAAGGCAGCUGCAAGUAACUCUCGACCAAUACGGUGUCGCUCAACGCAGGAUUCAAUCCCUUACCGGCGAGGUAGAAGAAAUCCGUGGCAACUACGAACAGGCCCUUCGUGCCAAGCGCUCUGUUGAGCAAUCCUUCGAGGAGGCGCAGACCCGUAUCAACGAACUUACAGUGAUCAAUGUGAAUCUGUCCAGCAGCAAGGCCAAGAUUGAACAGGAGCUGGCUGCUGUUGCUGCUGACUACGAUGAGAUCACCAAGGAGCUUCGCAUUGCUGACGAAAGAUAUCAACGUGUCCAGACUGAACUGAAGCACACCGUUGAACACUUGCACGAAGAACAAGAAAGGAUUGUGAAGAUUGAAGCUGUUAAGAAGUCUCUCGAAAUUGAAGUUAAGAACUUGUCUGUGCGUUUGGAAGAAGUAGAAACCAAUGCUAUUGUCGGUGGAAAGCGUAUCAUCAGCAAACUGGAAGCCCGUAUUAAGGAUAUGGAAUUGGAAAUGGACGAGGAGAAGAGGAGGCAUGCCGAGACCAUCAAGAUUCUUCGUAAGAAGGAACGUCAGCUUAAAGAGAUUCUCAUCCAAUGCGAAGAAGACCAGAAGAACAUCGCUCUUCUUCAGGACUCUUUAGAGAAAUGUUCUCAGAAAGUCAACAUUUACAAGAGGCAGUUGACUGAACAAGAGGGAGUAUCCCAGCAGAGUGUCACCAGAGUGCGACGAUUCCAGCGUGAACUCGAAGCUGCCGAAGACCGCGCUGACACCGCUGAGAGCAACUUGUCGCUCAUCCGCGCUAAGCACCGCACCUUCGUCACCACCUCUACAGUGCCCGGCUCCCAGGUUUACUUGGUGCAGGAGUCCCGCGCUCUCAGCACGGAGUGAGCUUUCUCCAACCAAGCCCCGCAAUAACAGCAUUUCUCUCCGCCAGUACAUUGGGGCACAAUUCCGGUCGGGUAUAAACCUAGUCGUUCGUUAAGUGAUGUUUGAGUUCCGAUAAACAUCGCUGGAGUUCUUUUCGGGGACGGGUGCUCAACGAUUGGUCUCGCCCUAAUCGUGUCUCGACGCUUUGUGACCCGUCGCUGACCGUCCGUCCCCUAACAUUUUUUAUUGUAAUACUUAAUCAAUCAAUAAAGGAACCAAAAAUCA